ACUUCCCUUUCUUGGCUUCGCUUCCAGACCAAAUCCAACACCGAACCAUCCAGAAGCAGCCGCCUCUCUAAAAAGCUCCCAUUUUCCGGUCAUCAACCCCACCACCGCGCCACACGCAGAUCCGAACGAAGCCGAGCCCGGCCAAACCCUAAGCCCCCCUCCGCGCACCCAUGGCGAAGUACGGCGAGGGCGACAAGCGGUGGAUCGUGGAGGAGCGCGCCGACGGCACUAACGUCCACAACUGGCACUGGGCGGAGCGCGACUGCCUCGAGUGGUCACGGGCGCGGCUCUCCGCGCUGCUCGCGGGGCUCACCGUCCUCGACGGCGAGGGCGGCCUCACCAUCCGCACCACCGCGCUCGACAAGCUCGACGGCGAGGCCUACGUCAACAUCCGCAAGGGCAAGGUCAUCCCGGGGUACGAGCUCUCCCUCACCCUCUCCUGGGAGGCCGAGGCCGCCUCGGAGUCCGGCGUCGCCAAGGUCACCGGCGCCGCCGAGGUCCCCUACCUCGCCGACGAGAACGCGGACGAGGACCCCGACCUCCGCGUCACCGUCCGUGGCGACGAAACCCCCCUCGCGCGCCGCGCCAAGGACGCUUUCCUCGCCCGCGGCAAGCCCCUGGUCCUCGAGAAGAUCCGGGAGUUCGUCGCCACCAUGGCGAAGGGCGGCCCGGCGAGGGACGAGCUGGAGUCCAAGAAGACGCCCACAAAGGCCGCUGCAGUGCCUGGCGCCGCCCCAGCGGCGAAGGAGGAGGUGGCUCCUGCGCCGGUGGUGAAGGAGAAGAAGGCGAAGGGGAAGGCGAAGGAAGGAUUCAAGACCAUUGAGAUGACGGAGAAGUUCUACUGCCGUGCCAAGAACAUAUAUGAGAUCUUGAUGGACGAGAACAGAUGGAGGGGGUUCACACAGAGCAAUGCGAGGAUCAGCAGAGAGGUCGGAGGGGAGUUUAGCCUCUUCGAUGGGUCCAUCACUGGCGUCAAUGAGGAGCUGCAGGAAGGGAAGCUGAUUGCGCAAAAGUGGCGGUUUGGGAGCUGGCCAGACGGCUUGUAUUCCUCGGUCAGGCUGGUGUUUGAUGAGCCCGAAUCAGGAGUUACAAUCAUAAAGCUCAAACAAACUGAUGUGCCAGAGGAAGACAAGUACGGGAAUUCAACUGUGGUGGAGAACACGGAGAGAGGCUGGAGAGAACUCAUCUUCCAGCGGAUCCGUGGAGUUUUUGGUUUUGGGAUCUAAAGAAGUAUUUGGCCUGAAGCUGGAUUUCUAUUUUUUACUGAGCAAGUCCUAAAUCUAACCAUGGGGGUUAAAAACAUCUGUCAUUCAUGUUUUACUCACCCUGUUCUUCCAUGUUGUUAAACACAAAAACGUUGCAUACCAUGGGGGUUAAAAACAUCUGUUAUUCAGCACGCUAGAAUGGGCCUGCUUCCUACUCUUUACUCUGGUGUUGUCACAACUGAAUCAUGUAGAUCAGCCGAUGGUGACGGACCUGGGUACACUCUUGUUUCGUGGAUGAACAUGAUCUUGCUGUGUGAUUGUAUGACUGUUGGAGUUGCAGGAGUAAGCAGUUGCCUUGUGCUUACUACUCUGAUUGUUUUUUUUUUAUCGUGGAUUGCUAGCAAGUUACAGUUACGACUUGCGAGCACUGUGCCGUGCCGGUCGUGAUCUGGCACUCUUAUUUCUUAAAAGAUUGCGCGUUUGUCUUCUGCUUAAUUUUCAAUCAGAUACUAAGAAGUGGUA